AUGGCGGAAGCUCAGGAGCUGGCCGAUCGCACCAAGGACAACUCAAAAUGUUACAUUGACCCCACGGCCGGCAAGGACGACGAUAGUGCGGACGGCUCCCAAGCCAAGCCCUAUCAGUCGCUGUACUACGCCCUGAUCCAACACGUCGAUAAGCCUGCGCCGGCUUACCUCACGCUCACCCCGCCAAAGGAAGGGUCUAGCGAUGGCCCUACUUGGGAAGAGCCUGCGAAGAGCGCCAUGAAAAAGGCGCUGGGUCGGGUCGAUGCUUACAAGAAGAAGCUGGCCAAGGACCAAGCCUCAGCCAAAAAGGAAGAGGAGGAGCGCAAGCAGCGCCUCAAGAACCUCGAGGAUGCGAAAAAAAUUGUGCUGAAGGAGGAUUCAUCACUCCCAGCAGCUAUCCGUAUCAAAUUGAACAACAAGUCUGUAGAGCUCGGCGACGGGACCAAGAAGGGCACCCGCGUGAAGGUCUACGGCCGCAUCCACCACCUCCGCCCACAGAAGCACACCACAUUUAUCAUCCUAAAAGAUGGAUAUGGCUUACUCCAAUGUGUUUUGCCUGCUGGCGACCUUACCAAGACGUACGAUGCCCUGAUGUUUGCUCAGGAGACGGCACUCGUUCUUUACGGCGAGCUGCGCAGCGUGCCUGCUGGUCAGGAAGCGCCCGACAACCGAGAACUCCUGGUUGACUACUACAAGGUGCUUGGACAGGCGCCGAGCGACCUCGAUGCCAUUACCAACAAGGUUUCCAAGGAGCAGGAUCCGUGGGACGCGCAGAUGCUUGACAGCAGGCAUCUUGUGCUCAGGGGAGAGAACGCCUCUGCCGUUCUGAAGUUGCGCGAAGCGGUCGAGCUGGCGUUCAUCGAUAGCUACCGCGAGAUGGAGUUCCGCAAGGUGUCGCCUCCGGCCAUGGUGCAGACACAGGUCGAGGGUGGCUCGACGUUGUUCAAGUAUGACUACUACGGAGAGGAGGCCUACCUGACGCAGUCGUCGCAGCUGUAUCUCGAGACAGUCGUGCAGUCGCUGGGCAACGUAUACUGCAUAGAAAAAUCGUUCCGCGCGGAGAAGAGCCUGACUCGGCGCCACCUGUCCGAGUACACCCAUAUCGAGGGCGAAUUGGACUUUAUCGAGUUUGAGGAUUUGCUGGAGCAUAUCGAGGAGCUCAUCUCGCGAGUCGUCGACAAGGUCCUGGCAGACCCUGCUGCGGCGAGCUAUAUGAAGCUGCUGAACCCCGGCUUCCAGAAGCCGUCGCGGCCGUUCCUGCGAAUGAAGUAUGCCGACGCCAUCGAAUGGCUGAACAAGCAGGAUCCGCCCAUCCUCAACGAGGAGGGCAACCCGCACGUGUUUGGCGACGACAUUGCCGAGGCUGCAGAGCGCAGGAUGACCGACAUCAUCAACCGGCCCAUCUUCCUCACUCACUUCCCGGUCGAGAUCAAGGCGUUUUACAUGAAGAAGGAUCCGAGCGACCCAAGGGUCACCGAAUCAGUUGAUGUCCUCAUGCCCGGCGUGGGCGAGAUUGUCGGUGGCUCGAUGAGGAUGGACGACUAUGAUGAAUUGAUUGAAGCUUACAAGAAGAACGGCAUCGGCUACGAGCCGUACUACUGGUACACCGACCAGAGGAAGUAUGGCUCCUCGCCCCACGGAGGAUAUGGCUUGGGGCUGGAGAGGUUCCUGGCUUGGAUGGGCAAUCAGCAUACGGUGCGCACAUGUAGUUUGUACCCGCGCUUCAUGGGCAGGUGCAAGCCUUGA